GCGAAAACCUUGUUCACGCGCGCGCGUUCCCAACCGGCGCGAGUCGGGAGCUGUCCAGCAAGCGAUUUGAAGUAGUCUUCUUGCCCGGCAAGUGCGGUCUCUUGUCUGUCCAGGAAUGAGAAGUGAUGGCCGGCUCUGCAACUGAGGAGAAAACCUUCCGAAGGUUCUUGGAGCUCUUCCUCCGAGAGAUGAGACCACCACUCCAGGAGAAUGACCCUGUCCCAAUGCGCCCUUUGUCUGACCUCACCUCGGAGGACGAAGUUGAAGGGGAAUGCCUCGAUAUGUGUCUUCAGCACCUGUGCAAAUAUAACUGCCCCUUCUCCCUGGCGGCUGCCCUGGCGCGGGCUACAGCAGACAGUGUUCUGCAGAGUGACCUCUCCAUCUACCACAUCCAGAAGACCGUUGAGGAUGGAGUAGACCCUUUCCCCCAGAUUGAGUCGGUGGCCUUUGCCCGGCUCAUCUUCAAUAGGUUGUGUGAAACAUGCUGCCUGUGGCUGAAAGACUUCCCUUACCGCCGCCGCCCUCAGCCCUACUACGAGACCUCCAUCCACGCCAUCAAAAACAUGCGCCGCAAGAUGGAGGACAAACACAUCGUCAUCCCCGACUUCAACACCCUGUUCAACAUACAGGACCAGGAGGAGCAGGCCUUCUUCGCCGUGUUCGAUGGCCAUGGGGGCGUGGACGCCGCCAUCUACGCCGCCAACCACCUCCACGUCAAUAUGGUGCACCAGGAGUGCUUCAGCCAAGAUCCAGGGGAGGCCCUGUGUCGCGCCUUCAGAGUCACCGAUGAACGCUUCAUCCGUAAAGCUAAGAUGGAGAACCUGCGCUGCGGCACCACGGGGGUGGUGACCUUUCUAAGGGGGCGGACCCUGUAUGUGGCCUGGCUAGGGGACUCUCAGGUCAUGCUGGUCAAGAAGGGCCAGGCCGUGGAACUGAUGAAGCCUCACAAGCCUGACAGAGAGGAUGAGAAGGCCGUAUUGAGGCUGCUUGGGAGCUGUGUCAUCUGGUUCGGCACGUGGAGGGUUAGCAGCCUGUCCGUAUCCAGAGCCAUAGGCGACAAUGAGCACAAGCCCUACAUCUCUGGCGUUGCUGACCAACACAUCGUCCCAUUGGACGGCACGGAGGACUACCUGAUCCUGGCAUGCGACGGCUUCUACGACACAGUCAGCCCCGACGAGGCGGUGCGUGUGGUCAGCGACCACCUGACGGAGAACAGCGGCGACAGCACCAUGGUGGCCCACAAGCUGGUGGCCUCGGCCCGUGACGCCGGCUCCAGCGACAACAUCUCAGUCAUUGUGGUCUUCCUCAGAGACCUCCGCGCGCCCCCGCCGGGAGAGGAGGACGAAGAGAGGGAGGAGGAAAAGGACGAGGAAGUGGCGGAGGUGGAGGAGGAAGGUCAAGGGGAGAUGGGCUGCCAGGACGGGGGCACCACGGACGUUGGGGGGAAGGGUCAUUGUUUCCUGCAGCAGUGCUCGGCUCCGGCCGACCUGGGCUAUGAAGACCGCACGGACUCGUUGACAGACAGAACCAGCCUAGGCCUGCUGGGGCCCAUGCUGGGAGAGGAUGGUCGGAUCAGGCUCCCCCCUGCCUGCUCACACCCUAACCCCUCCUUAGCCCUCACCCAGAACCUCAUGCCUGCCGAGGGCCAUGGGGCGGCCUGGUUGCCCUGCCUAGAGGAGGGGCUCCAGGGCUCCAGGCACAAGCCCCAGCCUAAACCCUGUGUCCCCACCUGCCAGGAGCCCAGCUCAGACGGACAAUGGCCCCUGGCGGCUGCCCUGUUUGGCCACGCGGGGAGGCGCACCCGGAGGAUGGAGUGCGUGAGCCCCAGGUGGGGGUGGGUGUCCCGGCGUUGGGGCCGUGCCCCCAGGGAGCUCCCCGGCCUGCUGCACUCCACCCAUAGUGUGCCCUACCCCCAGCGCUGCCCCGAGAGGAGGCCCGGGGUGGCCCUGCCCCACCUGCCCCACGGCAGCAGAAUCUGAUGAUGUGACCUAAUCUUCACUAGCUCCUCGAUCUCCGGCGCCUUCUUCUAUCUGACUACAGUCAUUAAUUCAUUCAUCCAUCCAUAAUGAGUUCCUCAUCCAGGACACUGGCUCCACACCCAUACCCUCACAGCCCCAUUCAGGAGGCAAUCUACCUACCCCUCCCCAUACCCACACAGCCCCAUUCAGGAGGCAAACUACCUACCUACCCCUCCCCAUACCCACACAGCCCAUCAGGAGGCAUCUACCUACCUACUACCCCUCCCAUACCUCUCCCAUUCAGGAGGCAAACUACCUACCCCUCCCCAUACCCACACAGCCCCAUUCAGGAGGCAAUCUACCUACCCCUCCCCAUACCCACACAGCCCCAUUCAGGAGGCAAUAACAAUUCCUGCUCCUGACCCGUAUUGCAAACACACACUGUACUGUACUUUCGGAUUCAUAAUGGAAAACACAUUAUCCGCCCACUCUAUCUACAUAGAUGGGAGUACUUAAUACAGGAUUAUAAGUAGUGGUCACUUACCUGAAUAAAUCCAACAUAUAUAGACUGAUAUGUAUUCCAGAUGGGAGUACAAUAGAGGAUAAUGGCAGAAGGGAUAUUACAUGGUAGAAGGGAUAUUAUUAAGAAAUUAUAUUCUAUUUAUAAUUUAGGGGAUGACGUCAUCCAAGAGCAGACAUUAGUCAGUCCUUGCCAUGCCUGUCAAAUUGAGUUAACAUUUACAUAGAACUAAACACGAGAUGUGUUCUCAUUGACAAAAAAUCCUUCCAAACAGGCUGGGUGUGAAUAAGUUGCCAGAUUUACUUGGCCAAGAUAGUUCAGACGACUCAGCAGAACAUGUGCCUUCCCUAAACAAGAAAAAGUUUAUGGGAAUUUUGAGCCUCAGUCAACAAAACCCUUUCUAAGCUUCCCAUUACAAUAUGGACCCAGGUGUUUCAUAUUGCUUACAGGGGCUACUUAACCAACAACUAUCCUGCUUUUUAAGUUCACUAACAACAAUAGAGCAUAAGAAGGAUGAAUGUCAAAGACUUCAUCUCUGGUUUGACAAAUAUAGUAAAUUAAUCUUAAUCUCACCAUCCUUUCAAAUGUGAAUGUUUAUUUUAUAUUGAAACUCCAUAGAAGAUGCUAUAUACUGUAGCAAUGACUAGGUUCUGUAAAAUGUGCCUCCAUUCUCCUGGCCCAGGCAACUGUUGUUUAAUAUAUAUCAAAGACAGUUCAGUCUUGCUGUUGGAAAAACUCCCAAUCUUUUCACCUUUAAGAAAACAGAAAUUGUUUGUGCCAUUCCUGACAUUUUUAACUCUUACUAACACAUUGUGCCAUUUCCAUACUUUCGUUUAAAAACCUCACCCGCUCCCGCCCUCCCCAGUCUCAUUGAGUUCCCAGGGGCAGGAGACAAGGACACAGGAAACAAGUGACCAAACCACCUCAGUGACCCACAGUCACACGGAGAAACACCCCCAGCCAGUCAGUCAGUUCCCACUCACUGUCAUUGCUUACUGCUCCUCUGAAACAACUAGUCGUCGGUCGCCUGCUGGCCUACCCACUGAAAGCAUGGUGGUCAUUUACAGAAGGCCAUUUGGACAGUCACCAUUAAGCAUCUCCAGAGAGCAGAAUGUAUUCCAGUUGUAGAAUGUACAUGGAGCCCUCCCGGGACCUUCAUAGAUGGGCCAAUAGGACUGAGACAGUAGUGGUGUUCUGGACUUGUAGCGACGCUCCCUGUGUGGAUGUAAGAAAACCAUUUCUGGAUGCAGUACACCUGGAGGACAAUAUUCUGGAGGUGUUUUGUUGAUCGUGGGAGAGGAAAUAAUCUAUAAUUUAUCAGCUAUCUGCCGUAUCCUCACAAAUCUGAGCAUUCUAUCCUGGUGUUCCACUCUGAAAGAGCAGGAUGUGAAUAAGCACACUGCCUCUCGGGUUAAAAGAUGCCCAUGCUUCUGCAUCUUUCUCUUUGCGUAACCAACACAUGCAUUUCGACUCUCAGAACAGCGGACCACACUAAUUGCCAUUUUCUGACCAAUUAUGAAAGACAACCAGAAAGUCAAAUAUAUAAGUUAUCAAAUGCCCCGAGUCCCCCCAACUUCAUCCCCAGUCCCACCCACAUCACCUGCUUUUUCAAAGCUUUCUGCUUCUUUUUGAGAGCAAAAAAAACGCACAUCUUUCCCAUCCUAAAUGUUCCUCGGACGGGGCACCAAUUGCUUAUUGGAAUUGAUCGUAAAUUCACAUAUUAUGUACAUGUAGGUAUGAAUGUGUGCAGGCGUAUGUGUGGGUGUGUGUAUACGUGUUGAGGGUAUUCAUGUGGUAUGUCUUAUAAGUCUACUAUUUAAAAUCACCACUGUAAAGUCAGCAGGAUGGUGGAACAAUAUUCUGUGUUGAUAUCAAGCUUCACAGCCCCCAGCACUCUACUGUACUUUUCAUGUGACACCUUUAGAAGUAGAGUUGUGUACUUUAGCAGUGCUUGAGUGACAAGGGAACAUGGGAAUUCAAAUGCUGGGCCACAUUUCCACUGAAAUGUCAAAAUGGUCCCCCACCUCGCAGUCCUCUAACGCUGCAGUCGUUUAUAAGACGCUGAACCUUCAAGCCAUAAACAUAAAAGUGUAUGCUAUAAUUCCCCAGCUAACCUUGCUUGCUCACAGAUCCCAUAGUUCCUCUCUCUCUCAUCCACUUCUGCGGUAUGACCCUUCCCUUCUACCUCCCCAUGUCUAUAUGACCCUUCCCUUCUACCUCCCCAUGUCUAUAUGACCCUUCCCUUUUACCCCAUCAUGCCAGUAUGACCCUUCCCUUUUACCCCCCCCCCAUGCCUAUAUGACCCUUCCCUUUUACCCCCCAUGCCUAUAUGACCCUUCCCUUUUAACCCCCAUGCCAGUAUGACUCUUCCCCAGCUGAUAGAAACAGACCACGGUGUUCAGGUCUGUUCCCCUCUCUGCCCUUCCUUUUCCGAUGCCACUCCAUUGCUCUCCAUGACUCUGCACUGUGUGUCCAUGUACACAAAAUGCUUUGUUCCUGUAAGCAAUAAUCAAUCUUUAAGAGUCGCGCAUGGAAAGGCUUUUGUUCAGAGGGUUUGUCUUCACUGAGCAAGGCGGAGGGAGCUAGAGCCAGAUCAAACUAACAACAGCCACCCUCCUAAACUCUUACCAGUGCUCACAUUCACAUUGAUGGGCACACACCACUUUACUUCUGCUCGGUGGUAGAAUGGGACACAACCUAUGAUGUACCCCUUAGACAGUUGUCGGUGUAUAUAAAACACUACCACGUUUGGCGGCCAUAUUGAAUUAGUCUCAAAGAGAAACACUAGAAAGUGUUUCUAUGCUUGGCCAGCCCCCUGUGACAGGGUGGUUCAAACUGUCCACCAGGCUUCCCUGAAGACAAACCCAUGACCAGCUCUUCCCCAACCUGCAGGUUAGGUAAACCAGUAAAAAGUGUCAGUAUCUCUAUCUUCUGUGUUGUUCUCGUAGUAUACAAAUGUGUAUCUUAACGGUGACUAUUAUCAUGUAUAAAGAUUAGACCAAGUC